AUGGGAAAGGAGAAGACCCACAUUAACAUCAUUAUCAUUGGGCAUGUAGAUUCAGAGAAGUCUAACACGACUGGCCAUCUGAUCUACAAAUGUGGCGGGAUCGACAAGAGAACAAUUGAAACAUUCGAGAAGGAGGCUGCUGAGAUGGGAAAGGGCUCCUUCAAAUAUGCCUGGGUCUUGGACAAACUGAAAGCUGAACGUGAGCAUGGUAUCACCAUUGAUAUCUCCCUGCGGAAAUUUGAGACCAGCAAGUAUUAUGUUACCAGCAUUGAUGCCCCAGGACACAGAGACUUCAUCAAAAACAUGAUUACAGGCACAUCCAAGGCUGACUGUGCUGUCCUAAUUGGUGCUGCUGGUGUUGGUGAAUUUCAACCCAGUAUCUCCAAGAACAGGCAGACCCGUGAGCAUGCCCUUCUGGCUUACACUCUGGGUGUGAAACAACUAAUUGUUGGAGUAACAAAAUGGAGUCCACUGAGCCACCCUAUAGCCAUAAGAGAUACGAGGAAAUUGUUUAGGGAGUCAGUACCAAUUUCUGGCUGGAAUGUUGACAACAUGCUGGAGCCAAGUGCUAACAUGCCAUGGUUCAAGGGAUGGAAAUUCACCCUUAAGGACAGCAAUGCCAGUGGAACCACCCUGCCAUCAACUCACCCAACUGACAAACCCUUGCAUUUGCCUCUCCAGGAUGUCUAUAAAAUUGGUGGUAUUGGUACUAUCCCUGUGGGUCAUGUGGAGACUGGUGUUCUCAAACCUGGCAUGGUGGUCACCUUUGCUCCAGUCAAUGUAACAACUGAAGUGAAGUCUGUAGAAAUGCACCAUGAAGCAUUGAGGGAAGCCCUUCCUGGGGACAAUGUGGGCUUCAAUGUCAAGAACGUGUCUGUCAAAGAUGUCCGUCAUGGCAAUGUGGCUGGAGACAGCAAAAAUGAUCCACCCGUGGAAGCUGCUGGCUUCACAGCUCAGGUGAUUUUGAACCAUCCAGGCCAAAUCAGUGCUGGAUAUGCACCUGUGCUGGAUUGUCACACAGCUCACAUUGCUUGCAAGUUUGCUGAGCUGAAGGAGAAGAUUGAUUGUCGUUCUGUGAAAAAGCUGGAAGAUGGCCCUAAAUUCUUGAAAUAUGGUGAUGCUGCCAUCGUUGAUAUGGCUCCUGGCAAGCCCAUGUGUGUCGAGAGCUUCUCUGAUUAUCCUCCCCUGGGCCAUUUUGCUGUGCGUGACAUGAGACAGACAGUCGCUGUGGGUGUCAUCAAAGCAAUGGACAAGAAGGCAGCUGGAGCUGGCAAGGUCACCAAGUCUGCUAGAAAGCUCAGAAGGCUAAAUGAAUAUUAUCCCCAAUACCUGCCACGCCAGUCUUAA